AUGGCUUCCAUGCCUCAGUUCUAUUCAAACCAGACGCUUCCCAGUGAUUUCACCGCCUUCACCACUAACAAUUCACUGAUGAAUGGAAUGAAUUGUUCAGUUAUGGAAGAUAAUACAAUGUGGGGUGAUCAGAGAUAUGGCUUGGUUCCAUGGCUUGAUAAUAGUUUUGGUACCUAUGCUCUUGAUCAUCAUCAUCGUCAUCAUGAUCAUGUGGUGUCGUCGCCGUCCAUGCGUUAUUCCGACGCAUGGUCUCCGGCUUUUCCUUCGGACCACCGUGCCGCCAGCUGCAUGCCGGAAGUCCAAAGCCACCACAGCUUCUAUGGCAUUAACAAUAAUGAAGGGUUUCAGAGCUUCAGCGGCGGAUUAUUAUACCAGCAACCAUAUAUUAGUGACUUUGCAGAUGAAAGUUGUGGCUUCGUGGAGGACGUCAAGCCUCUUUCUUGUCCUAAAGCUUCAAGAGAAAACUGGGGAAUUCAAGGGAAUAAUCAAGUGCUAGGAGUUGAUCAAGAGAACAUUAAGGUGGGAAGGUAUUCGGAAGAAGAAAGAAAGGAAAGAAUUCUGCGAUAUUUGAGGAAAAGAAACCAAAGGAACUUCAACAAGACAAUCAAGUAUGCUUGUCGGAAAACCCUAGCUGAUCGCAGAGUCAGAGUCAGAGGAAGAUUUGCAAGAAACAAUGAGCUUUGUGAGGAUGAAAUGACAAUGAAAAAGAAUAUUGAGAAUCUGCAACAAUACGACUCGUAUGGUGGUGAUUCUAUCCAGUUCCAGUUAAGGAAUGAGGAGGAGGAUUGGCUGCAAGAAGCCAUGGAAAGUCUGGUGUUUCUAUCUCAUUCUUCACCAGAAGAUAUAUAAUACAAUAAUAACAUAGAGCUUAAAUGGAGAUAUACAUGGACGUGGCAAGCUGGAUUCUAAAAGUAGAUGCGAGGGCUCUGAAGAGUUCAGAAGGAGGAUGAUUUGAAAUUAUUGGUGCAAGAUUAGUGAAAUAUAUUAUGUAUGCUAUAAUUUUGUUCUUUUUUAAUAAUUAAGGACGUAGGUGUAAGCUUUAAUAUUAUUAUAUUGCAUGGGGAUCGAUGUAAUUACUUCAUA